AAUCUGAAUCCUAAUCCGUGACCAUUUCUUGUUCAGUUAAUGAACUCCCCCGAAAGGAAUAGUUUUGUUUUGCAGCCAAGAGAGAUAAUCGUGAUUACUCUGUAUAUAAAGUUCCCUGAAAGACUAGAAUGAUUUACACGCCUUCAAUUCAACGCUCAGUUCAGCCCUUUCUUUUUCUUCCCCUUUAAGGUCCUAAUUCUCAAUUUCCAAGGAUUGAAGCUUCUCUUCUGAAUCAAUUUCAAAGUAGUCAGCUCAAAAGGUCCAGGAAACAUAUCUACCCGACUUCCCGUCAUAUCAUUUAAGACCCUAACUCCGUGUUUGAUCUCAAGCUUGUUUGUUUGUGGAAUACCGGGAUUCAAGAUGAGGAAAGAGGUCUGCAUUUUAGCUUGUGUGUGGUUUCUCGUUUGUGGGUCUUGUUUGUGUAGAUUUGUAGUGGAGAAGAAUAGUUUGAGGGUGACUUCCCCAACCUCCAUCAAAGAUGUGUACGAGUGUGCAAUUGGGAAUUUUGGGGUUCCUCAGUACGGAGGAACCAUGACGGGCGUGGUGAUGCACCCAAAGGCUAACCAGAAAGCAUGUAAAAGCUUCGAUGAUGUCGAUGUUUCCUUUAAAUCCAAGCCUGGUAGCAUGCCUGUCUUUGUUCUGGUGGAUCGUGGAGAUUGCUAUUUUACGGUGAAGGCUUGGAAUGCUCAGAAGUCUGGAGCUGCUGCCAUUUUAGUUGCCGAUGACAGGACUGAGCCUUUGAUCACCAUGGAUACCCCAGAGGAAGAAAAUGCGCAGCCAGAUUAUCUGCAGAAUAUAACUAUUCCUUCAGCACUCAUUAGCAAGGAUCUCGGGGAUAAAAUCAAGAAAGAACUCUCAAAGGGAGAGAUGGUUGUCAUAAACCUUGAUUGGAGGGAGGCUCUUCCACAUCCUGAUGAACGGGUUGAAUAUGAGUUCUGGACAAACAGUAAUGACGAAUGUGGACCCAAGUGUGAAAGCCAGAUAGAGUUUGUCAAAAACUUCAAAGGAGUUGCGCAGAUACUCGAGCAGAAAGGAUAUACCCAAUUCACUCCACAUUACAUUACUUGGUACUGCCCAGAAGCUUUUACUUUGAGCAAACAAUGCAAAUCUCAGUGCAUCAACCAUGGGAGAUAUUGUGCUCCGGACCCCGAACAAGACUUCAGCCGAGGAUAUGAUGGGAAGGAUGUUGUUUUGCAGAAUUUACGGCAAAUUUGUUUCUUCAGGGUGGCUAAUGAAAGUGGAAAACCAUGGCUUUGGUGGGACUAUGUUACUGAUUUUUCAAUCCGCUGCCCAAUGAAAGAGAAGAAGUACACAAAAGACUGUGCAGAUGAAGUGAUACAAUCGCUUGGCAUUGACGUUAAACAAAUUGACAAGUGUGUGGGGGAUGCUGAAGCAGAUGCUGACAACCCCGUUCUAAAGGUCGAACAGGAAGCACAGAUUGGAAAAGGUACCCGUGGAGAUGUGACUAUCUUGCCAACUCUUGUAGUAAACAAUAGACAGUAUAGAGGCAAGCUCGACAAGGGAGCAGUAAUAAAGGCUAUUUGCUCAGGAUUUGAGGAGACAACAGAGCCCACAAUUUGCUUAUCUGAUGAUAUACAAACAAAUGAGUGUUUGCAGAACAAUGGCGGGUGCUGGCAGGAUAAGUCUUCUAAUAUUACUGCAUGCAGGGACACUUUCCGUGGGAGGGUAUGCCAGUGCCCCACGGUGCAAGGAGUGAAAUUUGUUGGUGAUGGUUACACUCACUGUGAAGCGUCUGGGGCAUUGCGAUGUGCACUUAAUAAUGGAGGUUGCUGGAAGCACACACAGGAUGGCCAGACAUACUCUGCUUGCAUUGAUGAUCAUACAAAGGGCUGCAAAUGUCCACCUGGAUUCGUAGGUGAUGGGAUCAACAAUUGUGAAGAUGUUGAUGAAUGCAAAGAGAAAUUGGCUUGCCAGUGUCCACAGUGCAAAUGCAGGAACACAUGGGGCAGCUAUGAAUGCAGUUGCCAUGGUGAUCUGUUAUACAUGCAUGAACAUGACACAUGCAUAACUGGUAAAGAUGUUAAAACUGGCUUCAGCUGGGGCACUCUUUGGGUCAUCAUCCUUGCAUUGGCAGCUGUAGGAGUUGCAGGAUAUGCAGUUUAUAAAUACCGGAUCCGGAGAUACAUGGAUUCUGAGAUUCGCGCUAUAAUGGCUCAGUACAUGCCUCUCGAUAACAAUGGUGAGGCCCCCACCCACCACGCUUUGAAUGGAAAUGUGUGAUUAUCGUGCUUCAAAGUUCAAAGAGGAGGAAACACCAUAAAUCUGAAGUUGCCAUGGGUUGUUUUUGCCCAGUGCCACUCUUGUAUUACGAUACUUAGAAUAUUGCAAUAAAAUCCCUAUGGCAUGGAGAAAUUUUAACAAAAAAAGGGUUUUUGCAUCAUGUUCACAUGAUUUAUACAUGCAUAUAUUUAAAAUAAAAUGUUCAAGUGGACGAUUUUACCCUGUUAGAACUUAACAAUUUCACAUGCACAUAUUUAAAAUAAAAUGUUUGAACGUGCAUAACACAAUUAGAAAUACUUCGAGACAAACUCCACACUCUUCGUAAAGGUACCAAAACUAUGACAAAAUACCUUGAUGAUGUGGCAACUAUUCUCUCGGAUCUCGAUGCCUUGAAAGAAGAGAUCCCUGAACGUGAUGUGGUGAAUGCUGUUAUUCGUGGUCUUCCCACCGAAUACUCAUCCUUUAAGCAAAACAUUCGCAUGAACAAUACCAAUAUUUCGUUAAAUCAGCUUUCUGGAUGGCUGAUCUCCGAAGAAAUAAACCUGGAGAUGGAGAAUAAACUCAGCCUCACCGAGUCUACCAUCACCGAACCUCGCACAGCACUUCUCGCUAC